GAAAUUAAUUUAUUUAAAAAAGAAUAAUCUAUGAAUCUAAAAAUGAACUUAACUAAUAUUUACUGUAUUUCCAUCUUAAUGGUCUAAGGUGGUCUUUGCUUAAUUGCAACCCUCAAUAUUACAAGCUUCCACUAUACUGUGUUCAAUGUUUCAGGCUGAAUUAUUUUUUAAUUUGGUGAUCUCACAUGAUCAGCACACAACUGUUGUGUUACCCAAUUUACAAAAAAAUCAUGCAGCAAGUCAGAAGGCCACUUCCCCAUCUAGUAUAAAUAAACAGAUUACACACUUAACACUAUUUAGAACAGCAAGUGCUCCAGUCCACAGUAAGAACACAUUCACAAAAAAACACACAUGCAUGAAAGUGUUUAAAGUGAGUGAUGCAUGAUGUUUGAAUAAGGGUUAGUCAUGAGCUGGGAGGGGAGAAUGUAUUGACUGUGUGGGUGACCUGUGGCAGAGAUUUUUCCUGACUGUGGGGAGGGGGGAGCUGAAUGACAUAAACAUUCAUGAAACUCAUAGGAGGAGUGGCACAGUAGGAGGAGACAGGAAGACAGGAUGGGGGGAUGAUUAGCAAAGGGACACUUGGUGUGAAUCCUGCACUGAUAUACACACUGAUAUACAAGAGUUGACUCUGUGGCCGAGCCCAUUUUUGUGGAGAGAAGUGGUAACACCCAGCAGGGAGGGAAAAUCUGCAGAACUAUUAAAAGCCAGGAGUGAAUCAGAACUGUGGAUUAGUGCAGAACUGUCGAGCUACUACACACACGCGACUGUCAUAUAAUUUCUUCUCUACAAUGAUGGACCUGGAGGAAACCGAUUAUGGCAAUGUCUCUUAUGAAUAUAUGGAGUACGGGGACUUUGAGGAGAUGAAAGGAGAGACUUAUGUCCAGAAGGAAACUCUGCAUAUUAUUUCUGUGGUCAUCUAUUCCUUAGCGUUUGUGAUUGGCGUAACUGGGAAUGGCAUUGUGAUCUGGGUCACUGCUUUCAAAAUCAAACGGACAGUUAACAGUGUGUGGCUGCAGAACCUUGCUAUUGCUGAUUUUGUGUUCGUCCUUUUCCUGCCUUUCUCCAUUGACUAUGUGCUGCGUGACUUUAAUUGGAUCUUUGGCUGGGCAAUGUGCAAGCUGAACUCUUUUGUGUGUACAAUGAACAUGUUCGCUAGUGUGCUGUUCCUCACUGUGCUCAGUCUGGACCGCUACAUUUCUCUCGUGCACCUUAGUUGGUACCAAAGGUUCCGUACGGUGCAGCGAGCCUGGGGUGUCUGUGCAUUGACCUGGGUCAUGUCCAGCCUCCUAAGCAGUCCAGCUCUAAUAUUUAGAGAAACACUACACUAUCACAAUAAGGUUGUGUGUUUCAACAACUUCCAUGAUGAGGAUGCACAUGUUAGUAAGGUGAGACACAUUUCUAUGGUGACUCUCCGCACCGUAGUUGGCUUCCUCCUGCCAUUCCUCACCAUCAGUGUGACUGCCAUAUUAUUGGCUAGAAAGAUGAAGAAGUUUGGCAGUAUACGCUUCUCCAGCUUCUCCAAAAUGAUCUCAGCAGUCAUUGUGGCUUUCUUCCUGUGCUGGGCGCCGUUCCACACCUUUAGCCUAAUGGAGCUCACUUUGCACCACUCAUUCUCGCUGGGUCAUGUCCUGACUGUGGGCUUCCCUCUGGCCACCAGCCUGGCUUUCUUCAACAGCUGCAUCAACCCCAUACUCUAUGGGCUGUUCAGUAAGAACGUGCGGGCGAUUGUCAAGGGUUCCUGCAUAAGCCUCACUAAGAAUUCUCUGAGAGAGCUCAGCCACAACCUAUCUGCCACUGAGACAGCUUCGCUUCCACCCAGCUGCUCACCUGAAGAACCCUCUGCCUACACUAGUGUCUGAAGGACGAGCUCUAGCACAUCAGUAAACAAACUUGCUAACUUCUUCAACAUUUGUGAUAAGACUUUACGUAUGUACAUGCUUUAGAAAUCUGAACAUAUAGAAGAAUCUUAAUUUUAUAUGUAAUCUAUUUUUGCACGUUAAAAAAACAUAAGGAUCUUAAAACUUAGAACUUCUCUUUUAUUUCACACAAGGCUAAUACCAGGGAUUAAAUUAUUUUUAUAAUUUGCUUUCUCUGGAGCUGGUUUUGUUUGGGUGCCAGAGAAUAAUGAAUAUAAAUUUCUCAGAGUGGAAAGCAUGAGCAAGUUUUGUCCCAACCACAUCUCUCAGACUUGGUGAAAGUAGAAACCAAAAAUAAUAUUUAUUUAUUUGACAGAAAUGACAGCACAGUUUCUACUUCAUAUACCUUUGGUUAUUUUUAGAUCAAUUUAAUUAAUAUUGACUUUAAAAAUACUUUAUGUUACUCCGCAGCAUGCUGUAUAUGCUUUUGGCCUGUCAGGUUAGAUGCAGUUCAUGACAAACAGAAAAAAGUAUUCCCUUGUUUUUGUCUUUUAAUUGAACCAAUAUUUGGAUAUAUUGGACCAAAAUAUUAUUGUUGACGAUACCACGAUUGUUCUUUGCAAACUGCAGUCAUGGAGCAUUAAAAUCCCCCAUAUUAUUAUUAUUAUUAUUAUUAUUUUAUUUUAUUUUUUUUUUUUACUGAAUCUGAGUAACAAGCUAAAUAACAAGUAUUAUAACAGCUACGCUGCAUAUUGCUCACACUUCCAGAUUUGGACUGUGUGCUUUAGAUGUUUGUCAAGAAAAGUUUAUUCAUAAGGAACUCAUAAAAUUUCAUACUGUUUUUUACAAAAUAUUUUUACACUGGAGAGGGCUGUGAGAGGGUUACGAAGCAGAAAGCAAGAAAUUUUCUUGACAUAUUUCUGGAUAUGUAGCUGCUGAUUUGCUUUGUCUUAAUAAAUAUACUACUAAAUAUA